AUGGCCUCGGAGGAUGCCUCCCGGCCACCCAAGAAACGUGUGAUGGGUAAGACGCCAAACGAAGAGGCUCUGAGGAGCCCAGUGAAGCAGAAGAGGCCCCGAGGCAGCCCGGUGAAGAAGAAAUGGCCCGUGAAUGCUGCCAAGCUGAAGAAGCUUGCCAAGCAGAGAGAAAAGAAUCAAUCACCGAAGCAUCGGCCGACUACUUGCUCGACCCCGGAGCCAGUCCUGAAGAAGAACCACGAUGGUGAAGAAAAGAAAGGAGCCGGGGCCAACCCAAAGGUUACUUUCAAGGACAAGGACGACGUCGUUUUUUGCACCCCUCCCAGAAGGAAGAAGCGAUCAGCUGGCAGCCCCGCGGGCAGCCCGGCAAUGUCGCUCGACAAGGCCGAGGCGAUUUUAAGUGGUAUGAAGUGCAGCAAGAAGAAGCCUGCAGUUCCGGAAUCUUCUUCGGAGCCGGAGGAAGCCGACGCCGAAAGUUCUGACUCCGACGCCCCGACCGAGAAUCAGAAGGCAGUCUCUGCAGGCGAAGAAGCUGCAGACGAAGAAGCUGCAGACGAAGAAGCCGCAGACGAAGAAACCGCAGGCGAAGAAACCGCAGGCGAAGAAACCGCAGACGAAGAAGCCUCCGAAGUAGAAGAAGCCUCCGAAGUAGAAGAAGCCACAGAGGGAAACGAGAAGCCAGAGCAAGAGGGAAGUGAGAGCGCAGACGAAGAGGACGAGGAACAGUGCGAGGCAGAGGACGAAGACGAAGACGAAGAUGACGAGCAGGCCGAAGAGGAGCUGAGUCAUGAUGGCUCAAAGGAUAGUGACGAUGAUGACGAGGAUGCGGGUGCCUCGAGCUCUGAAAAGGAGGCAAGCAGCCCGAAGACCACAAGUAACAAGGACAGCAGCCGAAGCAAGCCCGAGAAGAAGGAUGGCAAAGCAGCAAAGACCCAAAAGGAUGAGAAGCCGGAGAAGCAGCAGUCAAGCAAGAAGAAGCCAGCUGACGAGCCCGACUCCAGCAACACGGAAAAUGGAAAGCAAAAGAAGAAAGGCACGAAGGACGACGAUGACCAGCACGGAACAAGCACGAGGAAGCAGAAGCCCGACACCGCGCCGGUUGAGAAGCAGGCAGACAACAACCGCAAGCAGGCAAAGGAAGAGGAGAAGAGGAAGCAGAAGCCCAACAGCACGUCGGUUGAGAAGCAGGAAGACAAGAGCCGGCGGCAGGCAAAGGAAGAGGAGAAUAAGAGGAAGCAGAAGCCCAACAGCACGCCGGUUGAGACGGAGGCAGACAACAACCGCAAGCAGGCAGAGGAGGAGAAGAGGAAGCAGGAGCUCAACAGCACGCCGGUUGAGAAGGAGGCAGACAACCGCAAGCAGGCAAAGGAGGAGGAGAAGAGGAAGCAGAAGCCCAACAGCACGCCGGUUGAGAAGGAGGCAGACGAUCCCCAGAAGGAAAAGGACAAGAAGAAGAAGAAGCGCAAACGUGACGGAAGUCGGCGUGAACCCAGCCAGCCAAGCAAGCCACCAGCGGCUGUCGAGGAGGUUAAACCCGGCAAGGACAAGAAGAAGACGCCAGAGGCCUCAAAGUUGCACGAUGCCGAGAAAGGCUUACCCGUCAACAGCAACACCCAUCACAAGGAGUACCUACGCUACGGACGUUGGUUGAAGAACAAAAAACGAUUCCCUCAAGCCCUCGCAACGCGCAUUCAAGACGAAGACAGCCGCAUGAAACUGUUUGCUGACUAUGUGGAGGCAGGAGGCGAUGUGAAUCAAAUCUUGUUCAAGCAUGAGCAGACAGUCGCUGAUCCUGAAGCACCAGACACGGAUUUGCUGUACUUUGUGUUCAUCGAAAUAAACAUCGACGAUAUCCGGGAGCUCCAAAAGAUCACGAAACUGGAAGUGCAGGGUUCGAUAGACGAAGCGACGCUCAAGGCCUUUACAGAGGCCGGUGGUGUGUUGGAUCCCAGCAAGCACCAGCUCAACUUGGGUGGCGGGGCUACAGCGCAGGGCAUGGCCAACGCUUUGAGGUUGACCGGCGGGCUUAGUGCUUGCUCAAAGAAGAAGCCCAAGACGAAAGGAAAGGCGAGCCAGGAUGGUAAGAGCAAAGCCAAGGAGGUGGUGCCGGACAGCCCGCUGAGCCUGGCGAAGACCUUGCUGACCUCUGUGCUCAGGGACAAGAAUGCUUGCAGGUGCUUUCUGCUGCGUGUCAUGUUGUUGUUCGUUGGAAGUAAAUUGUCGUUUGUUUGCCCCGACUCUUGUUUGCUUGAAGGGAUCACGCUUUCAAGCUGA